CCAAGCCCGGUGAUCUAGCACCGUGUGAUAGUACUACUAGUAGUAGUAACAGUAGCCAUUGCAAUCCACCUUAGCUUUCCUUCUUGUUGAGAAGCCACAGCUAGCCCAGUCAAGCAUGAGUUCAUCGUGGACAUUCAAGCAGAACGAGGUGUUCGAGAAGGCGCUGUCCACGUAUGACAAGGACACGCCAGACAGAUGGCAGAACGUGGCGCGGGCGGUUGGCGACGGCAAGUCGGUGGAGGAUGUGAUGAGGCACUAUGAGCGGCUGGUAAAAGACGUGGACGAGAUUCAUACAAACGGUGCCGGCGGCAGCAGCAACAGCACCAAGGGCGGUUCCAGCCGCGGUGGCAGCAGCGAUGGGCAGAGGUAGCCAUGGUACCUCAAGACCCAGUGAUGACUGGGCUGGUGCAGGAAGGACUUAAACAGCCUCGAGCACAGCUAGCCUCCUCCCUUUCCAGCCUGAAACCACUACUACACUACUAGAUACAUAUGACCCCAUGGUGAUGGUGAUCCGGUCAUGUACCUAAAGUAGCCAUAGCUAGUGCUCCCUCUCCGAUGAUGAUGACGACGACGAGAAAGAAAGUCCGGGACAUAAUCAAGCCCCGCAUCGGAGCUGUAUCUUUCGUAUAUUUUGUACCCAUUGUCUACGUGUAUAUGACCCACCACGAGCCCUGUCCCCGGCUAUGGGGGUGUAGUGGUUUGUCUCCCUGUCGAUUCUGUUAUCUGAUAUAUAUAUUGCCUAAU